AUGAAUGUGAUACCAAUUAUAAAGUUAGACGAUUGAAAGACGAACCUGAGCCGAACCUGAGAACACGUCAGCAGUUGACCCACUUCGACGGUCCCGGAGCCUCCCACAACAAGCUGGAGCCAGGAAGCUGUGGUCGCCAAGGAGCUGAAGCGAGUUUUUUUUUUUUUUUUUAAGUUCCACAUCUGCCGUCCAAAAUUUGAAGACGUGGUGCUUGCUUCCUCGCUCCUUGCUGUUUAGAGCUUUCACCACAGCUUGCGUUUGUCCCGCAUUCAAGAUUUCUCCUUAGUGAAGUCCAGUGGACAAAACAGAACGUGCACGAUGUCCGUCGCUGGGAUUAGGAAGCAAUUUUACAAAGCCAGCCAGAUGGUGAGCGAGAAGGUUGGCGGUGCAGAGGGAACCAAGCUGGAUGAAGACUUCAAGGACCUUGAAAGGAGAGCAGAUGUUACCAGCAAAGCGGUGGUUGAAGUCAUCAACAAAACAACCGAGUACCUCCAGCCUAACCCGGCCUACAGAGCUAAACUGUCCAUGCUCAAUACCGUGUCCAAAUUCCGUGGGCAGCUGAACAGUCCUGGAUACCCGCAGUCCGAAGGCCUGCUCGGAGAGUGCAUGAUGAAAUACGGAGCAGACAUGGGCCAGCACAACAAUUUUGGUGGCGCUCUCGUGGCUAUUGGAGAAUCGAUGAAGAAAUUGUCCGCCAUCAAGGACAGUCUGGACAUUGACGUGAAACAGAAUUUUAUUGACCCGUUGCAAGGAGUCGUUGAGAAGGACAUCAAAGAUAUUCAGCACCAUCUGAAGAAGAUGGAGGGCCGCCGCCUGGACUACGACUAUAAAAAGAAGCGUCAGGGUAAAAUUCCAGAUGAGGAGAUCAGGCAGUCCUUGGAGAAGUUCCACGAGUCCAAAGACAUGGCUGAGAGUUCCAUGUACAACCUGCUGGAGACUGAUGUGGAGCAGGUGAGCCAGCUGGCAUCUCUUGUCGAAUCCUUGCUGCAGUACCACAGAAAUGCCACCGAGAUUCUGGAGGAACUUUCUGGCGAAAUCACAAAAAGGGUUGAAGAAAGUCGGUCCCAACCAAGGCGAGAGUACAGACCCAAACCCAGACAACCGAGCUUCGACUAUGGAGAGGCUGAGCAGUCCAACGGAGGUUACACACCAACUGCCACAAGCCCUCCGGCUUACUCUCCAGCCGAGCCAUGCUGCAAAGCUCUGUACGACUUUGAACCCGAGAAUGAGAACGAGCUGGGCUUCCGCGAGGGGGAAACCAUCACCUUGGUCAGUUACAUUGACGAGAACUGGUUUGAGGGAAAGCUGCGUGGCAAGACGGGAUACUUCCCCAACAGCUACGUCGAAGUGAUCGUUCCACUGUAGCACUGAACGCGACGUGAGGAGGAGGAUUAUACACUCAAAGCAACAUAUUUGUGAGAAAACUAAACAUCUCAUGAUGAGGGCCUGUUUUGCUUUCCUCUACAGUUUGGUCAAGAAGCAUCGUUUAAAUUUUCAGAAGGUUUUCAAACAAGUUGCGCUUACGGCACACCCAAGUCUUGGACCCACAAUGCACCUGUGCACUUUUUGCACUUUUUUUUUUUUUUUCCAACUGCAUUAUCACUUGAAAGAAAAUAUCCGGGAAGCUUCCACACUCCUUAACAAGUUUUCAAGACAUGAUUAGAGGCCCCUUGAAUGUACACUAAAUACGAUUUCUUGGAAGUCAUUUGCCACCCCGCCCUUGCUGCAGUCGUCAUGGAUGUCGACCAUUUUUUAGCCAAUCGGAUACUGCCAUCUAGUGUUGGUCAUGCUCUUGGUUUUGGACUAUUUUUCACUAAGGUGGCACGAACUCGUGGUAACCCAAAAUCUAUUAUUGAGGCAAGGCACAUAUUGAUUGCUGAAACAUAUUCCCCAUCCAAAGAAUUUAGCCCUCCCCUCAAAAAAAUGGUUUUCUCGCAAAAUGCAAUAUAUAGAAUCCUUUUCAUCCACUGUAUCACUGACUAGAUGAAAA